AUCCCUACCCCAAAACAGGCAGAGCUUUCGCUGCUGAUAAAAAAAUAUUCAAGUAUUGAUCGACAAUCGACGUUACGAACGGCGGCGUGCGCGUCCUAAUUUCUCAUUUUACAAGUCUGAAUUAGUUAGAUUCAAUUAUCGUGAUAUUUUGUUUUUUUUUUUUUUUUGUUUUAUUCCGUGUUUAAUUGUUAUGUGCGUUUAAUAAGUUUUUUUUUUAUAAAUAAUUAUUCAUUACAAAAAAAAAAGGCAUUUGAGCUAAGAAAAACAAAAAGUGUCAUGGCUCGAUUAGCAGUUUUCAGCCUAAUUGUUUUGGCACUUGUAGUGUUAAUUAUACAAGACCUUCCUAUUUUAAUAAGUGCACGAGAAUGUACAGAUGUUGACAUAAGAAAUAGUGUAGCUAGUUUUAGUCUAUUAGAAGACUGCAGUGUAAUUAAAGGGUUUUUACUUAUAGUUUUAAUAAAACAAAACUUACGACAAACUAAUUACAGUAAUCUAACGUUUCCUAAAUUAAGAGAAAUAACGGAUUUUUUUCUGAUGUACGAAGUGAAUGGUAUAACCGAUAUGAAAAAUAUGUUUCCUAACCUGGUUGUAAUUCGCGGUAGGAGACUUUUCCAGAGUUAUGCCUUAGCUAUUUCAAAUGUACCUGAAUUAAAAAUAAUCGAGUUUCCAUCUUUAAUUGCAAUACAACGUGGUCACGUUUACAUCGGAAACUGUCCUAAAUUGUGCUUUUUAAAAAAGAUCAAUUGGGAACGUAUGACCUUAACAUCAGGGGAGAAUCACAUAUUUCCAGCAGAACAAUCUUCAUGUGAUCUUGCUGACUGCUUGGGUUGUGAUUACUGUUGGUCAUACAGAGCCUGCCAAAAGUUUGAAAAUUCUAAUUUAUUUAAUCUAGCACGCGGUAAUACUCAAUGUAGUCAACAUUGCCUUGGCGGAUGCUGGAAUGAUACGCUCAUAGGAUGUAAUGUUUGCAAAGGAAUCACAGAUCACGGAGAGUGUGUAGGUGAAUGUCCUCCUGAUAUGUACUAUUCUGAAAAUCAUCAGCGUUGUUACACAAAAGAGGAAUGCUAUAGUUUAAGAUUCUAUAUACUCGGCCGUGAAUGCAAUAGACAGUGUCCCUCAGGAUAUAAUCGCAGCAGAAGAUUGGGAGAGUGCGUAAAAUGUGAAUCCGAGUGUGUUAGAGACUGUCACCCUGAUGAAGGUUAUCAAGAAUAUACUAUUUUAAGCCUAUCUGACGCAGAAGGUAUUAAAGGCUGUCAGCAUCUCAAAGGCAGCUUGGUAAUCCAGAUUGGAGCCAAAGUUGAGGAAGAUGAUUUGGCUGAAUCUUUAAAAAGCUUGCAAAUAGUUGAUGGAUACAUUAAAGUAUAUUACUCCCCGUUCCUAAGAUCGCUGAAUUUUCUUCAAAAUCUAGAAAAAAUCGGAGGAAAACCACUAGAAAAUGAUACUUUUGCCUUAGUUCUAUACAAUAAUCAGAAUCUUCAAGAGCUUUGGAAUCCACAGCCAGAAAAGAUUGUAGAGUUCGUCAAUGGAGGAAUCUACUCGUAUGCGAAUAACAAACUUUGUAACAAAAUUGUUCAAGACUUCGAUGGCAAGAUAAUUCACAACAAAGAAAGGGAUUUAAUCCAGAUAAAUGACCAAGAUGUACUCUGUGAACCUGUUAGAUUAUAUGUUAAUGAAAAGAGAGCUACGCAAAAUAGUGUUCAAAUAUCCUGGCUGAAAGAGAAAACAGCUGAUGAAGUAGAAGUAAUUUAUCGUGAAUCUCAAUAUUUCAAAGGCGAAGAAAGUGAACUUGACGAUGAUGUUUGUAUGAGAGUUCACUGGCAACGAGAUUUAAUGUUCAAAACUGAUGUUGAGCCAGAAAAUUCAACUCAUUUAACCUAUUUCAUAUCCAAUCUAACGUCCUAUACUUUUUAUGAUUACUUUGUAAAAACCUUUGAAAAGAAAGACUCUUACUCUGCAAGGUCUCAUGUUCAAAGGUUUUUAACAAAACCAGAUUUUCCCACGCCACCCCAACUUAUAACAUAUGACAAAAAAUUUGAUAAUAUUACAUUUAUGUUUAUUCCACGAAAUAAAUCAAGAGAAGUCGUUAAAUAUUAUAUUCUAGAGUCAUACGAACUGACCAAUGAUCUAGAAACCUUAGACACAAGAGACUACUGUCUAUCGCCUGUGAUACACUAUGCAGAAAGUGGCUUAGAAGAUUUCGAUGACUGUUGUCAAAGAAAACGAGAAAAGCUAGAAGAUGACGAGUUCAAAAGCGAUAUGGAAGCUAAAUUCGUAUGCAGUAUGAGCUCAAAGCCAAAUUGUCAUCCUAUGAUAAAGAAUGCUUUUGGGACAACGAUCACGCUAAUUGACGCCAAAGCGGACAAAUUCACACUUGCUAGUUUAAGGCAUUUUACAAGAUACACCUCCUUUUUAUAUGCCUGUAAUGACAUGGGCUGUGGAACUUAUUUUAUGCACACCGAGAGAACAUCAUUUGCAAAAGGUUUUAAUAUAAUCACUAAUGCACAUGGCUGUAGAGAUUCAACUACUCAGGAACAUAUAAUAAGAUUUUCUGAGCCUCCGACCCCAAAUGGAGCUAUACUAAAUUAUUUUAUACAAUUUCAGGACACAAAACCAGUUAAUGUUCCAACGGUGGACUAUGGAUUCGGCCAUUGCAUAAGUAGAAAGAAAUUUGAAACCAAUGGAUAUAAGGUCACGGUUAUAUUUAAAGAUCUGUAUAUGCCUAACCAAUUUAAUAUAAGAGUUGUAACCACGGGAGGAAGUGAAGUUAGCAAAUGGUUUGAUAUUGAUAUUUGUGUACCAUCGAAAUCGAAAAUCACUCCUGUUAAAGUUAUGUUGAUUGCGGCUGCUGUUAUUAUAUUUGUAUUGCUCGUUUGGUUAUGCUACCGGAAAGGUUGGUUAAAUCUUACACGCUUUCAUCCGUGGAGAAGGGGAGCUGAAAGGGUCCGUAAUGUUCUGGGAAUAGAGGAUCGUCAAGCUCUUGUCCCUGUUUUGGAUAGGGUGGAGUUCCGCAAUAGUUUCUAAGAUAAGUAGUAGAUGAAGGAUAAAGUGACCCUUUAAUUGCUUUAUUAUAGCUCAAAGCAACUUCAUAAACUGUAUUACCAAACUGUAUUACCAAUUUAAUUUUAAUUUAAUGAUAAUAAUUGAAAUACUGUCCAAAAACAUGGUGCAUAUAAAUAAAUAAAACAUAAUAUAUUUAACU